CAGCCCCAGAGAGAGAGAGAAAGAGGAGACACACACACACACACGGGCAGGAGACGACGCGCGCUGCAUCUGAACAAACACACCAGAGGUGUUCCAGAGAGAGAGAGAGAGAGAUAACAGCUCCCUCGCUCAACUUUGUGUCAGUUUGAAGUUUUUUUUGGUGGAGAUUUCAUGCGGAUGAAAGUGGGCAUUUUGUUAACCUCCUUCGCGGACGGCUGUAUCUUUUUUUCUGACGGGAACAGCAAGGCAGACAGUUGGUGUGACACCGUUGAGUUCAGAGAGUCCUGCCUCUGUCUCUCUCUGUUAGUGGGAGGGUUUUCCGUGUUAUCUUGGACAGCGUUCUGGCGUGAAUUUGAGACCAUCCCAGAGAGGAUGUAACAGAGAGAGAGAGAAACAUUCAAAACCGGCUACCGGGGAGGAAGUGACACCAUCCGAGGUUUAAAAAGGUCAUUUUUUCCCCCCUCUGUUCUGUAAUUGUUUUUUAUCUGGUUAGGGAGAAACUGGCGUUUAUGAAAACGAGAGAGGAGCCGGAGAACAGAGUGUGUGCUCUGAGAGACGCGGAGAGAGGAAUAUCUGCGUAAUCGGAAUAACGGGACAUCAAGGGUGAUCGGGAGUGGAAUUUAUAAAAACAACACAUCUACCCCUCUCUCUCUCCCACACACACACAAGAAAACGGCUUCUCCGGGAAAGAGACAGGAUUUGGCGAGGAUUGAUGUUGGACAGAAUGGAAUCGCCGACAGCCCUGUGGGUCAUUUGGUGUUUUUUAUUCACGCUUGGAGCUGGAGAAAACGGAGAAGCGCAAUGUGGGGAACGUUUAAACGCAGGAGAGGCGGGUUACAUCACCUCGCCCGGAUACCCACAGGACUACAUGGCACACCAGACGUGUGAAUGGGUCAUCUAUGCACCUGAGAGCCACCAGAAGAUCCUGCUGAACUUUAACCCGCAUUUUGAGCUUGAAAAACAUGACUGCAGGUAUGACUACAUUGAAAUUCGUGAUGGAGAUGCGGAGAGCGCAGAUCUGCUGGGUAAACACUGCGGGAACAUCGCUCCGUCAUCCAUUAUCUCCUCGGGUUCUUCACUUUACAUCAAAUUUGUGUCGGACUAUGCGCACCAAGGAGCAGGAUUCUCGCUACGUUAUGAGAUCUACAGGACAGGGUCUGACGAUUGCUCCAAGAACUUUACCGCCCCCAGUGGCACGAUUGAGUCUCCCAGUUUCCCGGACAAGUACCCACACAAUCUGUACUGCACUUACAUCAUUCAGGCGCCCCCCAGGUCAGAGGUGAUCCUCACCAUGCUGACCUUCGACCUGGAAUAUGACCCCCUGCAGAUAGCACCAACAGACUGCAGAUACGACCGUCUCGACGUCUGGGAUGGUCUUCCGGAAGUGAGCCCACUGAUUGGACGCUACUGUGGUUCCAAGAUCCCAGCGGUGAUCCGUUCUGAUACUGGGAUCAUGUCGCUCACCUUCCACACAGAUAUGGCCGUGGCUAAAGAUGGAUUCUCUGCUGUGUACAACAUUACAACGAAAGACACCGCAGACUCCUAUCAGUGCAAUAGUCCACUGGGAAUGGAGUCUGGCCAGAUAAGCAACAUGCAGAUCACUGCUUCAUCCUCCUAUACCUUCGGAAACUGGGAUGCAACCCAAGGGCGGCUCAAUUAUCAAGUCAAUGGUUGGACACCAAAUGAGGACACUGUCAGGGAAUGGAUCCAGGUGGAUCUCGGGAUAUUGAAAAUUGUGACUGGCGUUGCCACCCAGGGGGCUAUCUCUGUAGAUACAGCCAAGACUUAUUUUGUUAGCACCUACAAGCUGGAAGUGAGCUCCAAUGGAGAAGACUGGAUGGUCUAUCGACAAGGGAAGAACCACAAGUUGUUUCCCGCCAACACAGAUGGAAAUGAGGUGGUCUUGAACACACUGACACCGCCCGUCCUGGCUCGUUUUGUUCGCAUCCGGCCUCAGAUUUGGAAAAAUGGAAUUUCAAUACGUUUCGAGCUCUACGGUUGCCAGAUUACAAAUGCACCGUGCUCUGAUAUGCUGGGAAUGCUAUCUGGCAUCAUCCCUGACUCCCAGAUCACAGCCUCCUCUACCCGGGACUACCACUGGUCGCCAGGCAGUGCUCGGCUCAUCGCCAGCCGAUCCGGUUGGUACCCACAGCAACCUCACCCUCCGCCCGGCACGGAGUGGCUCCAGGUGGCCUUGCCCACGCCGAAGACCGUCAGUGCCAUCAUCAUCCAGGGGGCGCGCGGAGCGUCGGUCAUGGAUGGUGGGACAGGAGGGGAGAACAAGGCUUUUGUACGGAAGUUUAAGUUGGCGUACAGCAUGAAUGGAGCCAACUGGACAUUUGUGAAGGAAUCUGGAGGAUCACGGCAUAAGAUGUUUGAAGGGAACAUGAACUACGACACUCCUGAGAUCCGCCGCUUUGAUCCUGUUCCUGCACGCUUUGUCCGAGUAUACCCAGAGAGAUGGUCCCCUGCUGGAAUUGGGAUGCGCUUUGAGCUGCAGGGCUGUGAUUUAAUGGCAACCACCACAUCUGCUGCAACUGUUGCCUCAACACAGUGGGUCGGAGAGAAUGUCACAGAGGCUCCGUGCGCCAGUGGGGGUGACCCAUCCUGCGUGACAAUUGAAAUCCCGACCAGCAUCGAAGGCUUCAACUGCAGUUUCGGGGACUCACGUGACAACGAGCUCUGCGGAUGGACACAUGACCCGUCAGCUGCGUUCAGGUGGACGGUCCAUUCUGGCAGCUCCAAGUUUGAAGAUGUCGGACAGAACCAGGACCACAACACAGGUAAAUGGAAUUACCUGCACUUUGAAGCCACCAAGAUGGCUGAAGGACAGCGUGCCAGGCUGCUUAGUCCCAUGGUGCCACCCAUUAACAGCCACCGUUGCAUGGUGUUCUGGUACCGGAUGCGUGGUGCUAAUGUUGGCACCUUACGGGUGCUGCUGAGGAAGAAGACCAAUGAUGUGAUGCUGUGGUCAUUAAGGGGAGAUCAGGGGGACAAGUGGAAAGAGGGCAAGAUCAUCCUACCAGGAUACAACGAUGAUUAUCAGGUCAUAAUCGAAGGCAUCGCAGGAAGUGAUGCGAGUGAGGACCUGGCGGUUGAUGAUAUCGCCAUAGCAUCACACAUGUCUCUUGACCAAUGUAUACAACCCAUCAGUGCCUUUCCAGGGAUCCACCCUACUGAUAUACCAACAAGGAGAGAAAUGAUCUCCCACGCUGAUGAAGGAGUGCAAUUCGAGCCCUUUGGGGAAGCUGACAACUAUAUUUAUGGCAGAGAUGUGGGAUCUGACUUGAAUGCUUGGAGGGACCGAGAUUCGAGUACAGUGCUGCCAGCCGACGGGAUGUCAGUCACCCCAACAUCUGGGAAGGACAAGAACUGGCUCUACUCCCUAGACCCCAUUCUGGUCACUAUCAUUGUCAUGAGCUCAGUGGGGGUCCUCCUUGGAGCAGUUUGCGCUGGGCUCUUGCUGUACUGCACUUGCUCCUAUGCCGGUCUAUCAAGUCGGAGCUCCACCACCCUGGAGAACUACAACUUUGAGCUCUAUGAUGGGAUCAAGCACAAAGUGAAAAUGAACCAGCAGAAAUGCUGCUCAGAAGCAUGAUCACAAAUGGGAGCAGACAUUUCUUUGACAAAAAAAGCCUUUGUUAUUAUCAAUAACGUGGCAGUAACAAACAGGAGGAUGCAGUAAGUAAGGAAUUACCUUUGAGUCUUAACCAUUUUCAUUCCAAGCGAGCUACACAUUGCCUUCCACCCAGUUAAAUGAGGGGCAAAAUUCAGAACCUCUUAAAGUCAGCACUAUAAAGCCUUAACUUGACUAUUUUCCCAAGGAUAUGAGCCAUCAUUACUCCUCUGACUGUGAACUUUGGGGUGAAGUAAAAGCAGGCUGACCGAUUGCGGCCUGAUCCUGGCAUUACUAUCCGGAAAUCAUGCCGAGGUUUAUUCUGUUCCGUGCUGUGAAGGAAGUAUUCAAACUGCUGUGCUGUGUAGCUUUCUGGUGUUUACUUUCUGUCUUUCGAAUUGCUGACCCAGUGGUCGGGGGCCGACAACAGUGCAGCGUUUCCGAAACCGAGAGAGAAUUCUGAGCCCACACCUCAAACUUAUCUUUCAGGAGUCGUUGGUCCGAUUCAAAAAAGCUGGGGCCCUCAACAUUUACCAUUUUAUGGUGAGAAGCAGGAUUCAACCGUCUAAGCAGAGCUUAAAAGAAAUUAUGGACUAUAUGCAGAGUGCCUUUUGGACAAGUGUGAUCUAUUAGUUAUGGCAGAUUAGUAUUCAUACAUCUCCUGUCUGUGACAGGAGAGUGUUUUAUUGGGCGCUGUCUUGAGGCCUAUACAGUGUCUGUUGAUGUCAGAGGACUUUUAUCUAUUAUUAUUUAAUACACAGUGUGUUGACUUUUCUGAAACAGUGUUUUUGCCUGUCUUGGAACGGGGGAAGGAAUGAGGGCAAAGAUAUGUUUUGCUUUCUAGGGGAGUGGCAUAAGGGUGAUGGCAAACCCUAAACGAUGCUAAAGGCAUUCGUUGGAGGAUGAUUGGGAGGUUUUGAAAUAUCUUGGCCAGAGUUACGCGGAAGGAUUUCUUGAGUGUCACUCUGAAGGUGGGAAAAGCUGCUCAAACCACCCCAUCUGUCACCAGCAGCAAAUCCAUAAAGACCAGCAAGGCUGAAUCAGCAAGUAAGGUUUACCAUACAGUGAUUAAAGAAUAAACGCUGACCUUUUGAACACAGGCUUUGCAAUGGUGUUACUUGGCAGUGGUUCAACUGAUGCUAUUCUGAACUGACAGAGUUUUUUUAAUGUUAUUGAAUGUGAAUUGGCACCAGAUGAUCCAGUAUCAGCCCUAUUUCUGUUCUUACAAUAUGUUAUUCCUUUUUGACCUUUCUUUCAGUGUAAUGCCAUCCGGUGUACCUGAAAUCUGGCUCUUGUCAUCUCUCAUGGUCCACCAUAAAAUGGGGUGAGGAUAUCAAGCAGUCACUCAUUUCCACCAGGCACCAGCAGCUCUUUGCUGCACUCACCACCUUCAUCGGUGAGAUCUGGAAUGCUAAGGUCCACACACUGGGCUCUCUUUGUGGAUAUAUUCUGGGGAUAUGAGCAUUGUUUACAAGGUGAGUGUGUAUUGCCCAAUCCCAAUUGCCCUUGAGAAAGUAGUGAUGGCCCACCUUCUUGAUUCACUGCAGUCCAUGUGAUGAAGCUGCUCCCAUUGUGGUGUUGCGGAGGGAGUUCUGGGUCUCUGGCUCAGUGUCCAUGGACGAGUGGAGGUGGAUGUGCCAACUCUUGAUGGGGAGCUUGGUUGUGGUGGGGAGGUCGGCAUUCCCCUACACCUCCUGCCCUGUUCUUCUAAGUGCCAAAGGUCACAGGUUCAGGAGGUGUUCCCAACACCAGGUACAGGAGCCUGGGACCAGGUUACAUCCCCUCCCCGGUGUCAGUUGGAGAGUUUGCCUGACCCCUUAUAACCAGUGUUUUAACAAUUCUGUUUGCAGUCGACCAAGGAAUGAACUUAACCCAUUAGAGGGGUGGAUAGUGCCAAAAUUAUGUUGCGUACCAUAAGAAUUCCUUCCAGGAAUGCAGGCUGGUUUGGAACCCAAGUCCCAGAAGUAAAAGAUCAAUGUACCAACAAAUUCCUGUUUAACAGUUUAAUGUCAUAGAACAGGACAUGCAGAAGGCAAGUUUCCUCUUUACUUGAGAUAGAGUUCAGUUGAGGAAGUUUUUGAACAUAGCUUUUCAAGUUUUUUGGGUUCGUAGUUCAAGGCCAGUGGGAGGAGAUACACCUGUGGGUGCACUUCUUUCUCUGGAAUACACAUUGUAUUAUAUAAUGUACAUCUCAUAUACAUACGCAUAUAUAUGUUAUUAUGACGUAUAUUUGAAUGUCUGUGGCGCACUUGCACAUCCGUGGUGACCAGCUCUUAUCUAGGAAGCUCCAUUUCUACCCAAAGUAGGCGUUCCACAUCUAUCAUGCAGGUAAUGGGAAAGUGGUGACCAUAACCAUAUCUUGUGGUGCACACUGUAUAGUUGGUGCACAUGUGGUCUGUGGCGUUUUCUUUCAACCUCAGCCUGAGUGAUGAUCCAGUCAUAGUGGAGGUCAAUUGAGAUGCGCUUGGUUUAGAUGUCACUUCCCUGUUCGCCAAGUGGGAAGUCAUGGGUACCAUCUUUUGGAGUGGGUGGGAUUGGUAUAAUAUUUGCCUUAAGGAGAAGAUGGGCCAACACAUGAGGCAGAAAGGAACAGAAGGACACGGGAAUAGUCUGAGAUGGAUCAGGGCAGCAGGAGAUUUGUGUGGAGCACAAACACUUGGUCCAAGUGGCCUAUUUCUGAGCUGUACGUUGCGUGUUAUUCUACAACUUCCUGUAUGCGUUAGCCGUAUGUAUUUUUUGUGAUGCUAUUUUACAUACAUGUGCUCACCAGCGGAAAACAUCCACACAUAAAGAUUCCUGUGAGCGUCAUAUGGUUGUGCGUUCGUUUUUGAGGUAAAUUAUUUAGUCCAAACAGUGAUGAGGGCAGUGCCUUACCCGUGGCCCUGUGAGUGAUGUGAGGUUGGAGGAUUGUGUGGUGUGAGAGUCACUGUAUUUACCUAUUCUUUGAGUGAAUUAUUACUACUGACCCACAUCUCCUGGGGGAUGCUCUGGGGCCUUGGUCAGAGAGUUUUGUUUGGAGAGCCUCCUCUGACUUACAGUUGUCGACUGGUUUUUAUGACUUUGUGGGGCAUAAUGUCAGAGACUCGUAAUGUGUGCUGGAGGCACAAUAAUGGCCUCGCCUCCCCGUGAGGACAAAAUGAUUGUUUUCCUUGUAGAUUUGAAAUACUGUCUUAAUAAAGUCAUUGUUAAAGGAA